CGGCUGGCGGCGGGGUCCUUGCGCGGCUGGCAGAAGGGCCGGGCCGGAGCGGAGGGGCGGCCGGUGGCUCCGAAGCCAAGAUGGCGGAUGUGCUGAGCGUGCUGCGGCAGUACAACACGCAGAAGAAGGAGAUCGUGGUGAAGGGGGAUGAGGUGAUCUUCGGCGAGUUCUCCUGGCCCAAGAACGUCAAGACCAACUAUGUCAUUUGGGGGACAGGGAAAGAGGGCCAACCCAGGGAAUACUACACUUUGGAUUCUAUCUUGUUCCUGCUCAAUAAUGUGCACCUUUCUCAUCCUGUUUAUGUCCGCCGUGCUGCAACUGAAAACAUUCCUGUUGUAAGAAGACCUGAUAGGAAGGACUUGCUUGCAUACCUAAAUGGGGAAACAUCAACCUCAUCAAGCAUAGACAGAAGUGCUCCACUUGAAAUUGGUCUUCAACGGUCCACUCAAGUUAAAAGAGCAGCAGAUGAAAUAUUAGCAGAAGCAAAGAAACCAAGAAUAGAGGAUGAAGAGUGCGUGCGCCUUGACAAGGAGCGGUUGGCAGCUCGGUUGGAAGGACAUAAAGAAGGUAUCGUGCAAACGGAGCAGAUCAGGUCCUUGUCUGAAGCCAUGUCAGUGGAAAAAAUUGCUGCUAUCAAAGCAAAAAUCAUGGCAAAGAAAAGAUCAACUAUCAAAACUGAUCUGGAUGAUGACAUAACUGCUCUUAAACAGAGAAGUUUUGUUGAUGCUGAAGUAGAUGUAACCAGAGAUAUUGUCAGCCGGGAGAGAGUAUGGAGGACAAGAACUACAAUCUUACAAAGCACAGGCAAGAAUUUUGCCAAGAAUAUUUUUGCAAUUCUUCAAUCAGUAAAAGCCAGAGAAGAAGGCCGAGCACCUGAACAAAGACCUGCACCAAAUACAGCACCAACGGAUCCCACUUUACGAAAUAAGCAACCUAUUCCAGCUGCCUACAACAGAUAUGAUCAGGAAAGAUUCAAAGGCAAAGAGGAAACGGAAGGCUUUAAAAUUGAUACCAUGGGCACCUAUCAUGGAAUGACUCUGAAGUCUGUAACGGAAGGUGCUUCUGCUCGAAAAACACAAACUCCAGCAGCACAGCCUGUACCACGACCAGUUUCUCAAGCAAGACCACCUCCAAACCAGAAAAAAGGGUCUCGAACUCCCAUAAUCAUUAUUCCAGCAGCCACGACCUCUUUAAUAACGAUGCUUAAUGCAAAGGACCUUCUGCAAGAUCUGAAGUUUGUACCAUCAGAUGAGAAGAAGAAACAAGGCUGUCAACGAGAGAAUGAAACUCUAAUACAGAGAAGGAAGGAUCAGAUGCAGCCUGGGGGAACUACAGUCAGCGUUACUGUACCUUAUCGAGUAGUAGACCAACCUCUGAAACUUAUGCCACAAGACUGGGAUCGUGUGGUGGCAGUGUUUGUACAGGGUCCUGCUUGGCAGUUCAAAGGCUGGCCUUGGCUCUUGCCUGAUGGAUCACCUGUUGAUAUCUUUGCAAAAAUUAAAGCUUUUCAUCUCAAAUAUGAUGAAGUACGUCUGGAUCCAAAUGUACAGAAAUGGGAUGUAACAGUGUUAGAACUAAGCUACCACAAAAGACACUUGGACAGGCCAGUAUUUCUACGCUUCUGGGAAACUUUGGACAGGUAUAUGGUAAAGCACAAAUCUCACUUGAGAUUCUGAAUCCUUCAGUUGCCAUUUAUUUCCUGAAGUACGGAUUGAGAAAAAUGAAAGGUGCUCCAGUUUGGAGACCAGAGCUCACACUAUGUGAUAUGUCAAGAACUUUACAAAUGAAGAAGGGUCACAGUUUAAACUUUUUAUAAAAUCUUGUUUGGAUGCUUCAUGCUAUGGCAGGUUGAUGAUACCUGUUCUUAUUCAGAAGCAAAGGGGUUUUGCUUAAAACUAUUUUUUUAAUGUUGUUAGCCUUCUAGUCUGCAAUCCAAAUUGUAUAUUUUGAUAGCAGCAGUUUCUUCUCUGUUUUGUUAAAUUAGCCACAUUUUUAAAUAAUGUGUUUUGUUCCUUAUAGAAAAUAGAUUGAUCUUCACUGCAGGUUACAAAUGUGUGUAUGCAUGUGCGCAUGUGCGCACGUGUGUGUGUGUGUGUGUCUAUAUAUAUAAUGUAUAAAAAAAAAUUAUAGACACACUUAUACACAUAUAGAUGUUACCAGGCUUUCUAAACCACUUAGCUUCUGAGCUUAGUUUUGGUUUUCUUUGCUUAUUGUUUCACUUACUGAAAAUAUUUUGUUGUGAAUGAUACUACAUUUUAGUCAAUAGGACUUGCAAACUGAGCAAAGUGAAAAUUGUUUUCGAUAAAUCAAAACAUCAAACUGUAUAUGUAUAUUCUGUCAGUCUUUGUUGAAAAAGGGAAGAUGAAAAAUCUAGACACACUUUUUUGGAUUUGUAAUGUCCCAGUUUACUAAAUCUUUAAACUUUAUUAUAAGAAUACCUUCAAGUCAUUAACUUUAAAUUGCCAUUCUCCACACAGGUCUCUCUAAGCUGAAGGUGUGCAUGUGUACAUUCCCAUCUAUCAAAAUACCUUUGCAUAUGAGUCUAAAUGUUGCCUAGAUUAAACAAUGAAUAGAGAAGGGGAGAGAGUUUGGAUGUUUUUUUCCUGAAACAGCCGCCACAAGGAAUGAAUAAUUUUAACUUCUUUACAUUUAUACCUCUAAGACCACCUCUAAUAUUAUUAUCUUGUGACAAAGGUAGCCCAGACUAUGUCCACAGGAGUUGUAGUUUUCUGAGAUGAGUGGCUGAUAUGGCCUCCUAACAGUCCUGCAUUGGAUUGGAAAAUGAGCCUACUCCAAUUACCAAAGAACAGAUUUUCUUGAUCUACAGUAUAACUGAGGCCAGAAGACCCUGGUACUUAUAUGAAUUUAUGGUAUCUCUGUAUCUAUUUAAGAACAUUAAGUUGAUGUUGCAUACCAGUGGAUGUAGAGAAUGAUCGAAUACUGUAACACCUGCAUGAAUUUUUUUCUGGGAUAGAAAACACAUGUUUAUAUUCCUGUUCCUGAACUUCCGAACCAUGUUUUUUUAAUAUACUUUACAUUUAAGGUUUGACAAAAGUAAAAUGUUCUACCUAUUCUUGUUUAGUUUUGCUUUUUAUUUGAUGUUACCUUCAUUUUUAGUAAAUGCAGAAGGCACAUCUCCUUAAGAGGUUUCUCAAACUAUGUUUUAAAUUUAUGAAGACUGUGAGGUCUGACUUUAAUUAAAUGUUUCCAUCCCUGCUAUAUCGAGACUACUAUUUUUAAAUGGCCUUAAUGGAAAUGUAAAAAAAACCCAAACCACCAAAAAAAAAACCCCAGUGACUCCAACAUUAGAAGAAAUUGACACUGGAUUUUUGAAUGGAUUCUGUGAAGUGACUUUAGAAGAGCAGGCAAUACAGAACUACUAGAAGGUCUUCUAUUUGUAUGGGCAGUUGGUCAAUACCAAAUGACUGUUUUUUCCCAAUACUUAAGCUUAUUAUAAAUGUAACCGUGUCAUACAUGAGUGAGCUAAAACAUUCAAUACUUUGUUUUAACCUGUACUUUAGUUAGAAAAGCUGUAAUGGCUAUCAACCCAGCAAUCACUACCAUGAGGAAGUGGUUCAAUUUAGGGUUUAUUACUGCUUUAAAUAGUGGGAUAUCAUGUAUGUUUUUUUUAACUCUUAAACACUUCCAAUGAGAAAUGUAAUUUUUUUCAGACUUAAUCAGUACUUCGUGGCCCAUGCCGUUUUAAAGAGAUUUGUACAAUGGGCAGCGAACUUAAAAAGCAAAUUCUGAAGAAAUGUGUGCUUCGUGUGCUGUGAUAUACAGACUAUAUAGUGGUCUUAAAAUAGGCAAGGUCCAAUUAUCUUUUCUCUGUCCUGUAUUUCAUUUGUGUUUUAAACGCAUGUGUAAUCCCAGGUCCAAUAUUGUAUACCGGAGAUGGCUUGCUUUAGAUGUAAAUUUAUGUAUAUAUUGGGAAUAACUCCUCUGAAACUAGUGAAGUUACAUGGAUGUGAAACUGGCAGAAGAGCAAAAUCCAUGAAAUCUUUGUAUUGAACUGUGCCAUUUUUUAGGGAUUGAGCAUAGACCUUUAAUAUCUUAGAAUUUGUACUUGCAAGCAAUUUACAACACAAGUUAUAAAAUAUGUGUUUGUGAAGGAGUCGGCACCUGAUCGUGCAUAUUUUUGUCAGUCAUAAAGGUAGUGAUGUUUAUAAAAUGAGCCAUUUUGCAAUCAGAUUCCUGCUGACAUUAUUGCAAGUUUAAUUACGUUGUCAGAAUAGCAUUCCUGCUGCCUUCAUAAAUAACUGCACAUAGAUUAUGAAACUACUUGGACUUAAAAAUUUAGCCUUACAGCAGCAUUUUGCAAAACAGCUGGAAUUUUAGACACUUAUGCUUAAUUUAUCAACAAGUUAAUGUAGAGUAGUAAAGGAAACCGAUACUAAGAACUGGGGAAGCUGGAGGAUCAGACAUCUGUUUUAGUGAGCUGCAUUCUUAUUGUUGAGCAAAUUUGACGCACUACUUAGAGGUGUAUAAAGUGUGUAAAUUGUACUCAGUUAAAAUGUAUAACUAAAACUGAGCUACUUCACUGACUGUAGUUUACUGAACAGUAGAAUGAUAGCAGCAUGGGAAUCGGAUAUCAAACUGGCUGUUUCUAUUAAACAUCUUAAGUGUCAUAACUCUACACUGUUUCAUAAGUACAAGAUAAACGAGAUGAAACACGAUAAAACAAGAUGAAGACUGGUUUGAAGUCUGCUAUUGGGUUCCCAUACUGUCAGCAGGUGAUUAUCUCUUUUAGUAGCAAGGUUAUAGGGGCCAGUAGACAUAUCUGAAGUAAUGAUUUUAUAUUAAAAACUAAAAUACAUGUGAUUUAUACUAUCUGAGCUUUCUGAAUGCUACCCUGAAUAAAGCAGACAAAGGGGGCAUUUUUUUGUAAGGUAAAGUAGGGCAACUGCAGGGACUUGCAUACCUGAAGAAACUGCAGAUCAGCAUCCUCAAUUGAGUAAGCUCAGCUAUUUAGUUAUUACCUGGAAAUUUUUGUAGCAAGAUAGUUUCACAAAUAGGUACUAAAGUCGGUGCUUAAGCUAGACAAUUUAUAGAACUGUUCUGCAGUGGUGUAAACCUUUUUAUUUCUGAAUACAGAAGAAAAUGUAGAUAGCAGAUUGUGUGUUAAGUUGCCCUUGAUCGUAAGUUGAACAAUUAUGUGAUAUUUGACAGAUAAGCCUUUAUCAGAAGAGCAAAUUUGUUUUUGGCUUUCAUUUGAUAUGCAGUGUAUAAAAUAUUACCAUUCUCUGCAGGGACCUGCAAAACUAAGUUUUAUUAGUACAGCUUUCAUUCUUUUGCUGGUGAAAUAUGCACUUAGUUGCUAAUUCUUGCAAACACAAUAUGAAAAAAAAAAAGCUGGUCAAAAUUAAUGGCUUAGGGAAUUUAAAAUUUAAUGUCAUGAAUGCAUUUUAAUUCAAAAGCCAUAACUAAUGCCAAGUACUUUAUUAGAGCAAUGUGUUCAUGAAAAAUUAAAAUCCCUGUCUGAAGAAACCGUUGGCCAAGUAGGUUACAGUUCAACUAGUGUGUGCAAAAAUGUACCACAAACUGGAAUCUCCAAAUGUCAUAUUUGGGGUUGCUCAUUUGUUACUUAACUGAUUUUUUUUUUGAAGAGAGAUGGCAGUUUUGCUUUCGUUUUCUGAACACCUACGUACGUCAGUAGCAACUGCGUAGUUUUUGUGUAAUGCUAAGACUGUUAACAUGAUACAACGAUUCUGAGGCAGUGAUUGAAAACAGAUCACUUUAAGUAUGAAGUUGCUUAAGUGGAGCUCAUGCACUUGACAAAGAUAAAGAUGGUUUCUUAAUGGAACUAUGAUCCAGUGGGUAACAUCAAGUCCAUUGUUCAGCUGUCAUUGACUUGUCUGUAGAUCAUUCUUCUCAGUGGUGAUGCUAUUAUAGAGGGCAAGUUUGAGAAUAAUGAGAUUUAAUCAAGCAAAAUUCAUUGGUAGGUAGUACACAGUGACAGGCCAUGCAUCCAGACUGAUUUACUGUGUUAAUUUUACUUUAAACAAAAAUUUUAUAAUUUUUUAAUAAGAAUGCAAAGAACAAUCUCAAAUGUUUGAAACUUUAUUGCAGAGACUAGUUCACAUAUAAAACUGAAAGAUAUGAGGUGGUACAUAAAAUCUGUAAGAAAAAUA